AUGGCGGCCACCCUCAGGCUCAGGAUCCUCGCCGCGGCAGCCGCCGUCGUGGCCUCGUCGCUCGUCGGCGUCGCCACCGCGUCCGAGGCGGCGCCAGCUCCCGGCCCUGCCAGCCCCAGCACCGGGGCCGCCGCCGCCGUGACUGCUGGUCCGGCGCUCGCUAUCGGCACGUUCGCCGUGGCCGCCGUUGGGUACCUCUUCAGCUGA